UCUCAAUGAGAAAUGACCAAGGUCCUGUUUGUGUUUCUGACACAGCUUCUGUUUGGAACGUUCAGACUGUGUAUCCUUCAGAGAACUUCAUCUGACCUCAGACCUGUCCAUCCUGGAGAAGACAUCGCCCUGCACUGUGACAUCACUGCAGAUGAGAUGUCAUGGUAUCAACAGAGCUCAGAAGAGAUGAAGCUGCUGGUUUCUGCUGGAAAAGGAAAACUGAAUAAAUUAUUUUUCCUCAAUCAUAAUGUGGAUGAAGGUCACUAUGAUACAACAGAAAACACCAGUUCAGUCAGUUUAGUGAUUAUUGGAGUUAACGAGACUGAUUUGGGUCUGUAUUACUGUGGAGGACGAAAUGGUUCAGAUCCCGUUCAUUUCGGAAAAGCCAUCAGGCUGAACUUUCCAGAUGAUGGAAUUCCUGAGUUUGACGUACCUGUUAACGUGUCUGAGCGUUCCCGGCUCUCUGCAGGAUGUGGACUUUCCUGGAUUAUGAUUAUAACCCUAAUGUGUGUCUGCAUGUUCUGUGUCCUGAUGAACAUCAUCUGCAUCUGUGUGUUCUGCAGCAGAACGCAAGAAAAGUCAACUUCAUGUAGCUGCUGCAGUGACACCAGAGACACAACUGAGGAAGAAGACCUGCAGUACACCAGUCUUAGACAUGAAGCAGAGCCCACAGCAUCUACUGCGAGAACCCCAGCAUCUGCUUCGGAACGUGUGACCUAUGCAAAAGUCUCAGUACAGGCCAGCAAACAUUUACCAGCAUGAGAUGUUAGAAUUGAGCUAUCCAGGCUCCGCCCACUAAUGAGUUAUUUAGUAAGGUGGACAAGCUUUACAGAACGCUGGUGUAGAUCCCGUUCACAACUCAUUUAGAGCGAGCUGUUCAUUUCUAAUGAUGUUUUUGUACGUGUGUGAAAGGCCCCACUGUAAUGAUAGAGAUGUAGUGUUCAGGGAUAAACAACUGAUUGAUAAGUAGAAACUUAACAGCUGGUUUAGAAUUGGUAGCUAGAAAAACCAGCAUAGCUGUUCACCAGUAAAACCGUAUAAUUUUAUAGGAAAAGGCAAAAAUGAUCUUAACAUUAAAUGUAUGUUAAUGUGAAG